AUGGCUUCUAUUGAUGAUGAAAGUGGUUCGUCUAGUAAGAAAACAGUUGGUAAACAUGGUGUGACCCGAUUGCAAAAAAUUCACAAAGCCAAAAGCAAUGGAAAGAGAAUUGAGGUUCAAUGGAAUUCCAGAGGUCAACCAAUCAAGCAUAAUAGCAAGACUUUUGCUAGUUUCAUUGGUGUCACAGUUCGUCGGUUAGUUCCAAUAAGCUUGGACAAUUGGAGCGCGAAAAAAAAUAAAGAGGCUAUGAGUUCAACGCUUUUGGAUCAUGAAGGCUUGGAAGAAGGCUUGGAGGAAGAAAAAGGUUUGGAUGAAGGAACCAAAUGGGAAAUGAAGGAAUCAAGGAUUCUACAACGGGUAGAUAUAAAAGAGAUUGAGGAAGAUGUGUGCAAUGAGAACUUCAAUGAGAAUUACAAGGGAAAUUGGCCAAGUAUAAAGAAAACACGACCUAGUUAG